UAUAAUAUAAUUAAUUUAUUUGAAAUUUUAAUAAAUAAAAAUCAAUUAUAAAUCUAAAAGGCGAUUACAUACGGAAAUAUUAUUUUUUAAUCAAUUACAUGUGUAAUAAAUGAGAACACGUUUUUUUAUGUAUUUUAAGUAACACUAUUAAAUUUCAAAUUGUGACAUUAAAGCAUUCUUCGCCCAUAGAAAAAAAAUAAACAAUCCUAUAAAAUAUUUUAAGUUUAAUUAUUAAUUUACAUGUCUUUGAUGUCUUAUAUUUAAUUUUUGAAUAGAAAACUUAAACUAGAAUUUGGAAAAAUGAUCAUUAAAAUGAUAAUGGUAAUGAAGAUUGCUUUGAUCAAAGACCAUUAUAAUGAAUCUAAAAAUUCUAAAAAUUUGGCUUCACAAGUUUGAAAGGAUGUUAAAAGCAAAUGAAGAAUUUAUUAUUAAGAUUAUGAGAGAAAUUGAUGAUUUAUAAGGUUUUAGAUAAUGGAAGAAGAUAGUCUACAAAAUAUUCAAAGUGAAACUCUUUCAUCAAAUCCUACUAGCAUUGCCUAUGAAAAAUUUCUUCCAGUAUUAGUGCAAUGCUUUGCAGUGAUUUUUCUUGGAUAUGUUUCUGGAAGAUUUGGAAUAAUGACAUCCACAGAAUCCAAAGGACUGGGUAUAUUUGUCAGAUAUUUCUGUCUACCAUCACUUAUAUUUAAUACUUUAAUGAAAAUAGAAUUUUCAAAUGUAAACUGGAGAUUUUUAGCUUGUAUUUUUAUUGCAAAGUUAUGCAUAUUUAUUAUUGUAAUAAUUAUUACAUUAAUCCUCACCAAGCCAACAAAUGUAGGGAAAGCUGGUCUUUAUGCAAUAUUUUCUACUCAAAGCAAUGAUUUUGCUCUUGGUUACCCAUUAUUGUUAACUUUGUAUUCCAAAUGGCAUCCUGAAUAUUCUCAAUAUUUAUAUCUUAUAGCUCCAAUGCAGUUAGCACUUUUAAAUCCAUUUGCUUACAUAUUAAUGAAUAUACAGCAGACUAAAGAAAAUGAUCAGAAUAAUAAAGUUCAGAGUUGUUGGUUUAAAGCUUAUUUUGGUUUUGCUGCAAAUCCUAUUAUUGUUAUGACAUUUCUUGGAAUUUUUGGAAAUAUUUUAUUUCACCAUAAAUUACCACUUAUCAUUUCUCAGCUUCUAGAUGUUUUUGGUACUGCAUAUCCAGCUUGUGCUCUCUUUCUUCUUGGACAUAAUAUAGUUGGAACAUUUAAAUUAUUAAAAGGAAUUACAUUUAUUGUUCCCAUCUUGUUAAUUUCUGCAAAAAUUUUAAUUCUUCCACUAUUAAUACGUGAGUUAGUGAUACAUUUAGCUAAUGAUGGUACUACAGAAGAAAAUAAAGAUUUAAGUAAUUUUGGAUUUCUCUAUGGAACAUUUCCAACUGCACCAACUGUUUUUAUAUUUGCUACACAAUAUGAAAUGUCCACAGAAAUAGUUGCACCAGGUAUGGUUGCAUGUACAAUGCUCUCUGCACCUUUAAUGUUUGUAUCAGCUAGCAUGACAACACUACAAAUGUCAAAUUUAUCCAGUUUUCAUAAUGAUUUAAUUAGUACAUUGACAUGCACAUCUAUACUUGGAUUUAUGUGUAGUUGUUGGGUAUUUAUUAUUUUUAUUAUUGGAAAAAAAUGGAAAUUUGUAAUACAUAAAAUUACUUUUCUUUUGAUUUUCUCUCAAAUUUUAGUUUCUUUGGGAGGAAUUCUGUGGUCAUUUAUUAAUGUAAAGCAUCAUUGGGCAUUUUAUGUUCAGUAUGUAUUAUCUGCAGGAGGAAUAUUUUCUUCUCGAAUAUGGACUUCACUAUUGGCUCUUGCAUUAGCCUUAUUACAUUGGAGAAGUUUGUGUUUUGUUUAUAGAAUUUACAAAUAUAUGAUAUAUUUUGGUUUUAUUGCAACCAUAAUGGUUGUUACUAUUUUAGCUAUAAAAAUGAGGAAUUUUCUGCCAGACAAAACAAAGAUUGAUCCAAGUUUUCAGUUUGGUGAAGCACAAGCAUCUGUUGCAUUUGUUGUUAUAUUUUUUAGUUUGGCUGUAACUAUUAUAUCUCUAAUAAUUCAGCAGCAUUAUUCAUCUAAAUCUCUUGCUUUUCAUUUAUGUAUAAAUGAAGAAUCUGAAUCAAAAACAGAUGUACUUAAAAAGCAUCCUUAUGAAGUUGAUGAAACAGUUUUAAAGACAUUAAAUAAAUCUGUAGGUCAAGGAGAGGAAUUGGAAGAAAUUGAGGAUUUAAUUUCAGUAAAUGAAAUAGAUGAAUCUGAAAUAUUGUUAAAUAAAUACCAGUACUCUCCGUUGUGUGGAAAUCAUUUUAGAUGUUCAUCGGAACAAAGAAGGAAGUGCAGUGUUUUAAUUAAAAAUCAUUCUGUAUCGUUUGAAAAAUUUGAUUCGGAGACAGAUUUAAUGAAACAAGAAAAUGAUUAUGAUCAAAUAUUAAGAUGUAUCAUUCUUCUUCUUCUGCUAUGUAUAUCAUUGAUUGUAGGCUUAGCCAUUUGCUUAUGGAAACUUUUUUUAGAAGCAACAACAGGUAUAUAUGUAGAAUUAGAAUUUCUAGAUGUUAUACUUAAUUAUGGUCAAGGUAUCAUUACAUUUUUUGUGUUUGGAUUAGAUGCAGAAGUUGUUGUGCAACCCUGUAUACAAAUAUGGAAUUAUAUUAAAAAAGAUUAUCAUUUAAAUUUAGGUAAAACUGAUUUAUCAUCAUUUGAAACAGAUCAGGUUUGUGAACAAUUUAUAAUUUAUCAUAGAGAUAAAUGUAUUAAAGAAUUAGAAACCAAUAAAAGAAUAGGAAAUGAUUUAUACAGUUCAGUUUUUACUGGACAAAAAUUAGUUGAUUGGCUGUUAGCUGUAGGAUUAGCAAAAGACAGAAGAGAAGCAACAAAUUAUGGUCAGCAUCUAUUGUUAGGAAAUGUUAUUAGACACGUGAAUGAAAAACAUUUCUUUCAUGACAAUUUAUAUUUUUAUACAUUCUUUCCAAAAGAUAGAAGUUAAUGUUUCAUGCUUAAUUUAAAACUUGUUUGUUUAUUUAUUUAAAAUUAUAUUUUAUAUUUAAAUUUUGAACCUAUCAAAAAUUUGUAAUGUAAUAAAUUAUUUAAGUUUCAUGGGU